AUGGAGGAAAUCAGAGAGGAGGAGGAAGCCAGUGAAUUCAUCUCGUCGGCGAAUUCUCCCGAUGGUGAUGAAAAGAGAAAGGAGUAUGGCACUGCGUUUACGUUGACGCCACUGCGGAGCUGGACGGCGGCGCAGCAAGCUAUUUCCGUCGUUCAGUUCACUCUGAACGGGCGCUACCUCGUCUCCGGCUCGACAGACGGCGGGGUGAAGGUGUGGGAUGUCUUCAACCAUCACCUCACACACAACCUGCGCACCCCGUCUGCCAGCCUCGUGCACACCAUUUAUGUCGAUCCUGUAGAGAGGUUCCUCUGCGUCGGCAGCUUCGAAGGGCACGUUGCCGUGUUUGACUUUGUUGCGAAGACGCUCCUUGCGCACGGACGGCCACACGUCGCGGCUGUUGAGGCACUGAGCUUGACUCCUGACGGCGAGCACCUGCUUUCUAUUGGUCGGGACCGCAAGCUUGCUAUCUGCAGGAUGGCCGCACCAGAGCUGCAGGAGGUGCGCGGUGUUGUUGUGAAGGAGCACGUGUCCACUGCAGUGUUCGAGUCGCCCUUUCGCCUCCACGUCGGUGGAAUGGACGGGACGGUCUCAACGUAUAGCGCCAGCAUCACUGAGCCACUAAGGCUGCUAUGCCGACUAUGUCAACCUGCAACGAGUAAUGUUGCCGCUGAUGACGAGCUGGCGAUUCGCAGCUUGCUGGUUGCCAUGCGUCCCAAGGACAGGGGUGAGGCGGAACUAUUACACGGCUUGAUCGAUGAUGAACGUCUACCCUUGCUGUACGCCGCUGACGCUUCCUUCAACAUCGCUCUCCUCCACCCUGACGCGGGAGCACGCAGCUACUGCUCCACCGCGACGCUGGUCGGCUUCCUAGACCAAGUUCUCGAUGUGGCGGUGCUUCCGCCGGGAUUCCCGUUUCAGCGCAUCGUUGUAACGAAUAGCAAGGAUGUGCGAUGCUAUGCAUCGAGCGGCUGCCUCUCUUCCAAGACGCUGCGUGGGCAUGACGAUAUUGUGCUGGCUUGCGCCGUUUCUGCUGAUGCUCGUGUGGUGGCCACAGCUGGAAAAGAUCGCGAGAUUCGAUUCUGGUCGACCGCCACGUGGGAAACUGUUGCGAUUGGGCAGGGCGGCCACGAGGGCGACAUCACUUGUAUUGCAUUCAACGCAAAAUCGUCGGAGAGCUACAUGUUGGUGUUUUCCGGUGGCACGGAUGAGAACCUGCGACUCUGGGACGUCGGCAUGCACGUUGGCCCCGCGCUACCGAAAGGGAAGGCGGGGGAAGUAGCUGCACCCCCUGUCACAUUCGCGCCCCGCUCUGGCAUUAACUCCGCCCACGAGGGGCCGAUCCACGCGUUGGCGGUUUCUCCCAAUGACCAGUACGUUGCAACUGUUGCGAAGGACAAGAAUGUGAAUCUCUGGACUAUCACGGGCAAGAAGGUUUACCGUGACGCUUCAUUGAAGGGACACCGUCGCGCUGUGACGUCGCUGGCCUUUUCCCCAACAGAUCGCGUGCUGGCGUCAGCGUCGAGUGACGGGAGCAUUCGUCUAUGGUCCCUCGUAUCACUGGCGUGUGUGAAGACGCUACAGGUGGACCGGACACCGGUGCUGCAAGUGGCCUUCUUUAACGCGGGGACGCAACUCGUGACAGGCAACGCUGAGGGUGUUCUGCGUGUGUGGGCAAUUGCGGCGUCGGAGGUGGUCUGGUCAGGCGAGACGCAUGAGGACAGAGUUUGGGCACUGGGCGUCGUUGAGCGCGAAAACGAGGCCGUUCAUUUUCUCUCCGGCUCCGCGGACGGCGUGCUUGUGGCGACGGAGGACUACACAGCUGCGGAAGCUGACCGCGUGCGGUCCGAGCGCCAUGACAUGAUCCUCAAGGAGCAGGAUCUUGCGAACGCGCUACGGAAGGGGCAGUACACCGAGGCCUUUAUGCUCGCACUGAAGUUGAACCACCCGCGCAACCUGCGGCAGGUGAUCGUGAAGUGGUCCGUGAAGGCGCCGCAGGAGUGUGAGGAGUCGCUGCGUCGCACUAUACUUCCCGCCCUCGACGAGGAGCAGCUGGUGCGGCUGCUGCAGUUCACGCGGGAGUGGGUGACCAACGCACGCCACAGCGGUGUUGCGAGUUUGGUGAUGCACAGUGUGCUAGCGGCCCACCACUUCACGUCGCUGGCGUCAAUGCCGGCAAUACGGACGAUUCUAGAGGCGCUGCUGGCGUACAUGCAACGCCACAGCCAACGCCUCCACGAGAUGCUGAGACGAACGUACUACAUUGACUACGUGACGCGCUCUUUGGGUCCGUCGACACUUACAAGUGAGCCGUACUUCAUUCGUGGUGAAGCCCCAGUCGAGGAGCCUGAAGCAAAGAGACAACGCUUGGAGGCAGUUUAG